CCAAAUGCGGCGUACCACUGUUCGAGCACAUAUGACUGCUGACUGUCUUCGUGUAUUCCAACGAAUCGGGUCCGAGAAAGUUGCCACAUCCAAUGAGUACGUACGAAGACAACGUCCACGUGGAUCUAAGUGAACGAAGGUCUUAAAAUAAAGACAGUAUACCGAUGCGAACCUCACGUGGAUGGUAGAUAUGACUUCCGCGGCCCGCCCGACGCAUUAUAUGCCACAAUCCCAUGGAACUUUCCCACUAACAACGCUCAACCAGCCAUGAAGGUGUUCACUCCAUGUGUUGCAUUAUAUGUGCUGUGUGCUCCAGCUUUGGCUCAAAGUCAACAAACUUUCUUGUCAGGCGAUGCGGAGCGAGUUGAGGGUAUUAAUAGCGCGUCCGGCGUUCGAACAUUACAGCUCUCGUCGAUCCCAACAGAUACGUUUACUAGCUUUUCUCAUCCUGCAUUUCCAGGAAGGAGCGCAAGGAUUAAAAAGUCGGACUUUUGUGAUGGUGGUAUUGCUGCAUAUACUGGCUAUAUUGAUGUUGGUCCGAAACAUUUCUUCUUCUACUUCUUUGAGAGUAGAAGCAACCCCGAUGAAGAUGAUGUCCUUCUCUGGACAAACGGCGGACCAGGCGCCUCCUCCGCCCUCGGUCUUUUUGUGGAACUUGGUCCGUGCCGGAUUACGAGUCCCAAUACUACAAAAUACAAUCCAUACUCCUGGAACACGAACGCAAAUAUUUUCUUCAUUGACCAACCCACCGGAACUGGCUUCUCAUAUAAUGACCUUGGAGACAUAGUUUCGACGACUGAAGAAGCUGCACAGGAUAUCGCCGCUUUCGUGGCCGUAUUCUUCGAGACUUUCGACAGGUUCAAGGGCAGAAACUUCCAUUUAAGCGGAGAAUCUUAUGGUGGACGUUAUCUUCCGGUCUUUGGAGCCGCCGUUUAUGACCAAAAUUCGUUGCUGAUUGAGAAAGGCUUUGAACCGAUUAACCUUAAAUCAGUUAUGAUAGGGAAUGGGGUGACUGAUCGGUUCACUAAUUUACGCUCGUAUUACGACAUGCAAUGCACAACUGCGGGAAUUGGGCCUCUGCAGCCCAUUUCAACGUGUGUUCGCAUGAAACAAGGGCUUCCUCGCUGUGAGAAGCAACAAAAGGAAGCCUGCAUUGAUCAUUUCGACUUGAUUGACUGCUCUUCUGCGUUCACCUUUUGUACAAAUGAGCUCAUGGCGCCUUACAACGCUGCAGGAUACAAUCCUUAUGACAUGACAAUGAAAUGCGAUGCUUUAGACUGUUAUCCAGAAGACAGGGACGUCACCGCCUUCCUGAACAAUGCGACUACUCAGAAAGCGCUCGGACUCGACAAGGGAAUGAAUUUCUCAACCAUUGCUCGGGCCGUCAAUUCAGCCUUCUUGGCUGCCGGUGACAAAACGCAUGACUCGAAGCAAUACGUUGUUGAGUUACUUGCACGCGGCGUCAAGGUCCUAAUAUAUGCGGGCACACAUGACUUCAUUUGUAAUUGGCUGGGAAAUGAGCGGUGGACGCUGGACUUGGACUGGCCCGGAAGGUCUGAAUUCUCAGGUAUUCCUCUGCAGGAAUGGUUUGUAGAUGAUAGCCCUGCUGGUAAGACACGCACAUAUGGAAAUUUUUCAUUUGCCACUAUAUACGCUGCUGGUCAUCUUGCACCGCAUGAUAAACCGGUGGAGUCACUGGCGAUGUUACAGCGCUGGUUGGCAGACAAGCCUCUCUGAGUCUAGCUUAUUCAAGAUGUGAAUUGAGAAAAACAGAGUUAUGCCAUUUUACGCAGUCGAACGGAUGAUCGAGAUUACGAAGGAACAACAUGAAUGCUACACAUUCCCUAUAUUAUAUGCUGUAUAUGAUGGCAGAAAAUAAGUCUUUGCAAACAUGUUUGCAGAUUCAUCAUGAACCGCGGGUAAUGGGGAAGUCGAAGAGGGCCAACGUCGAGACCGCACAUGUUCAAG